UUCUUCAAUAUAUAGUUGAUGCAAUUGCAGAACUUGAAUCUAAUAAUAUAACUUUAGAUUUUGAUUAUGGAUUAAUUGAUCAUGCAAAAGAUAUAGUUAAUUUUCGAGCAAAAGAAUUUGAUAAACCUAUAUAUUAUUUAGCAUUUUUCUUAAAUCCAAAAUUUCGUAAAGUUGCAGUAUCAAAAAAAUUAACUUUUAAUAAUAUA